AUGUGUAUUAAGGUUGGUCGAGUAUGCGAAUAUAAAGAAACUCCUGACCGGCGGACGCGCGAUAUGCGCCAAGCGCGAGGUGCGCCGGUCGAUGUCAUCGCAAGACGGCUAGUCGAUCCAAGUCAAGCUGGUUUGACGCCUACCGAGCGUCACUAUCUCCAGUUAUUCCGCGCUGCGACGUCUGGUCAAUGUGCUGGGAAUAUAGUGGAUGAGUUUUGGCAGCGACUCAUUCACCGGGUCAGCGAGCAGGAACCCGCCGUACGGCAUGCAACGAUUGCGAUCAGUGCGAUCCAUUGGUUAUUCUUGCGUGAAGUAAAUGCUUCUUCCCAAUCAACACCCAGGUCAUAUUCUUUGUCAAAUCCCUCAUCUCCCAAUUCCGAGGGUGACAUCUCUUUUCCUCUCCAGCAAUGUAACAAAGCCAUCGCCUCUCUACGAGAGAACCUGAGAAAAGUGCAUACGCAUGUGACCAGUAGUGCGCAUCGAGAGGCGGUCCUUGUUACAUGUGCGGCAUUGGUGUCACUUGCCCUCUUCCAAGAAGAUGUCAAAGCCGUAAUGAAGCACCUAGAAUCAGGCCACCGCCUGCUUCUAGAGUGGCAAAAGGUCGACUAUGACGGAAAUUCGUCGGGGCCAAUCCUCAUGCGCGUGUUCCAAGACCUGCAACUCCACCGAAUGACAUUCUCCAGUCGCGAGACCAGUGUAGGCCAGGUCCACAUUCCUAUUUGGCAAAAUUUCACAAAAGCCUGCGAGACAUACUCCCAUGGAUAUGCAGAAAAAGGAACUGCAAGUGAGCUGUUAGUCAUUCUUGGGACAGUGGUUCGGGCAAAUUUCCCACGCAGACUUCACUGCGGCAAAAUGUCGAAAUUGAAUUCCUUGAUUGAAAACGCGACCGAGUUACUGGCCGAAUCCAAGGAAGGUGUCCCAACCACAGUUAUGGGAAGGCUGCUUGUAUGGAAGAGUCAUUUGAAUAACUUUGUCGUGGAUACAGCGGGCAAGCUCACGCCAGCUGAGCUCACUCCGCUCGUACUCAUUGAGAUAUGGACCGAGUUCAUUUACCUCAUGGCUAUCUACGCCAACAGUCCUCAAAACGAGAUGCUAUAUGAUGCCUAUCUUCCAAAUUUCCAACGCAUCAAUAAAUUAGCGGCCCUCUUUCUGAAAGCAGAGUACCAGACUGGAAUAUUCUGCGCCAAAGUCAUGCUUUUGCCGCCAAUCUAUUUCUCCGCCCAUAGGUGUCGUGACUGGUACACACGUCGUGAAUCUUUACGCCUUGUUUCAUCUUCACGUCGGCGAGAAGGCUUCUGGGCCUCUGCUGGGGCCAGCGUUGUCUUGUCACAUUUCAUCAACGAAGAGUCUAUCGGUCUGGGUCCCGAUGAUGUGAUUCCUAUACAUUCACGCAUCGACAUGAUGUAUGUUUACCCUUCGCCUGAUAAGUUGAAGGGAAAUGUGUGGUAUCAUCGACCUGCCAGUCCGGAAGAGAUUGCAUUUGGCGCUGAUGAUCGCGGAAUAUGGAAGAAACUAGAGGUACCAAUUUGGUGGACGAUUUCAGAGCUCUGA